AUGAGACUUCCUGCCUCGGCGUCAGCAUGGACUUCGCUCAGUAUUCGCGGUGCUGCAGGCAGUCUGCGAGCUGCUCUCCGAGCUCGACCAGUCGGCUUUCGAUAUAGCUCCUCUGCGCCUGCUGCUAGCACCUCAACGGAUACUAGGCAAUCACUCUUCACACCUACCACUGGUCCAGAUGGCGUGGUCAAGCCAUUCUAUAUAACCACUCCAAUCUUCUAUGUCAACGCAUCCCCGCAUGUUGGCCAUCUACACACUCUGGUUCUAAGCGAUGUUAUCGCACGGUACUCUCGCUUGAGAUAUCCCGAUCGCCCCGUCCUAUUCAGCACCGGGACAGACGAGCACGGGCUGAAAAUCCAACAAGCGGCCAAGCGGGGUGGGGUGGAUGAGCAGACUUUCUGCGAUCAAGUCAGCCAGCGCUUCCGAGAUCUCGCCGCUAAAGCCAAUAUCUCACACACGACCUUCAUCCGUACUUCUUCCCCGGAGCACCACGCAGCCGUCGAACGCUUCUGGGCCCAACUCGUGUCCGCCGGGGACAUCUACAAGGGCACUCACUCGGGCUGGUAUUCUGUCUCUGACGAGUGCUUCUACUCUCUCACGCAGACGACGAAGGGGGAGGACGGGAAGGUGUACGCGACGGAGACGGGGAAUGAGGUCGUUUGGGAGGAAGAGGAAAAUUGGAAGUUCCGCCUAGGAGCGUUCAGGGAGCGGCUUACAGCGUGGGCGAGUAGAGAGGGAGCAAUCCAGCCUACGACAUACCGGAAUGAUAUCCUGAACCAGCUACCUACGCUGGAAGACCUCUCCAUCUCCCGUCCGGCCUCAAGGGUCAAGUGGGGCGUGCCUGUGCCUCAAGACCCAGAGCAGACCAUCUACGUCUGGGUUGACGCGCUCAUCAACUACAUUACAGUGCUCGGAUAUCCGGGCAAGAUGGAGGGAUGGCCAGCAGAUGUCCACGUAGUAGGAAAGGAUAUCAUCCGGUUCCACGCCAUCCACUGGCCCGCACUACUCAUGUCCGCCUCCCUCCCCCCUCCGCGACACGUCCUCGCUCAUGCACACUGGACAAUGGCCCGCUCCAAAAUGUCCAAAUCGCGCGGAAACGUCGUAGAUCCCCUUGCGUCGAUGGAUACGUGGGGAGUGGACGGAGUGAGGUGGUAUCUGAUGCGAUCGGGCGGCGGGCUUCCUCUAGCUGUAUCAUACCGUCAACUCUCAGAUCAAAUGGGCAACCUCGUCUCCCGGAUCUCGUCCCCCCGCCUUCUGGCGAAAAUGCGGCCCUGGACGCCUGCGGACCGGAACGCCGAGAUUGACGCCUCGCUGGCUGCCUUGCGCGAGGUGUAUCAGACGAGGAUAGAAGGGAUGGAGAUUUCGAAGGCGUGCGAGGGGAUCAUGGACAUUCUGGGCGAUAUCAAUCGACUUGUUACUCAACUCCAACCCUGGGCUGCCUCUACACCGUCAUCGACCCAAUCCAUCGUUUACGCUUAUCACGCCCUCCGGAUGUCUGCUAUCCUCCUGCAACCUAUAAUACCAGCUAAAGCGGCGGAGCUACUCGAUCGACUCGGCGUCGAAGAGGGACAGAGGGGAUGGGAGGCGGUACUGUGGAGUGAGGAAGCGGGGGAAGUGGACGUGGAUGAUGUACGAACGAGAUUGGAAAGAGGGGCAGCAUCGUAUCAAGGCAAAGGGCCUUUAUUCCCGCCUGUCAAAGUAUAG